AUGGGUUGGUCUGAAUCGGAGCGAGGAUGCAAGAGGCACCCAACGACGAAGCUGACGCCAGGGGUUUGUUCGGAUUGUCUAAGAGAGAGACUCUCUCAACUCUCAGAUUCCUUCAAUAGAAGAACGACGUCGUUUGGUCCCGCCUCGGCCGCUGGAUAUUCUUUCUUCUCUUCUUCUUCUACUGCUUUUUCGUCUCACUAUUCAUCCCGCGGCGCGUCACCGGCGCGUGGGGGAAAACACCACCGGAAUGCGUCGGAGAUGAUGGGGUCGAUUGCUUUAUUUUUCAGCGUCGGCGGCGGCGGUGGUGGACUGAAGAAGAGUAGGUCGAUUGCGUUUAUUCCGAAGAGGAGCAGUGCAGGUGGUUUGGAUGAUCAUCAUGGUUUUCAUGCUGAGGGUAAAAAUGGAAAAAAGAAAAGUGGGUUUUGGUCUAAAUUGCUUGGAAAUACGGGGAAGAAGAACAAGGAGGCUAGGAAUUUUAGAGAAAGUUUUAGAUUUUAA